AUGUCUUGCUUCACUUGGCGCUGCAUGGAGCAAUGCUUGGUAGUUUCUGUCGUUCUUCUUCGCAUAGUUUCAUUAUACUUCUUCAUCUUUCUUCCAUUAACUCUUUCUUUGUUUCCUGUUUUUCCUUCCUGUAACUUUCAUCAAUUUUUCUCCUCACCUUCAGUUUUUUUCUUCACGUUUCCUUUCAUUUUCUCUUACUUUUUGUCACAUUACAAUUUAUUUUUAUCUAUUCUUUCCUUUUCUUCCCCUUUUAUUUUUAUUAUGUCUCACCAGCGCCAUUUUGUAUGUCUUUAUUUUUUAACCACGUCUUCUACUAGUCUCCUCCCCACGACUCACACCACAUUCCCACCCACUCUUCUUUUUCUCGUUUACACUCGCUUUCUCUCUCUCUCUCUCUCUCCCCGCGCCCUUUUUUUUUCUCUUUUCAAUCUUCUUUUAUUUCUUUCUUUUUCCUCAGGUUUAUUUUUAUUCAACUGUCUCAUUUUUUUGUCUUUAUUUUUGUUCUCGAACUUUCUUUUCUUUCUAUUUUUCAACUCUCUUGUUAUUUAUUCAUCCACUCUUUCCAUCUCACCUUGUGACUCUUUCUCCGGCAGUCAUUUUUUUCAACUAUAUUUUCUCUCUUUUUUCCUUCUUUCUUUAUGUCUUCCUGUCUCUCUUUUAAUCACCAAUUUGCACGUUUUUUUUCUUUCCACUCCCCUUUUCAUGCUUUCUUAUUUUUCCCACCCUUCUCUUUCUUUUCUAUCAUUUUAUUUCUUUCUAAACGUCGUCUCCCGCCUCCUCCUCUCUAAUUUUCUUACUCUUAUUUCUUUUUCCUUUCCGUUCUCUUCGAUUCCCUUCACUUUUUACUUGUCAUUUUUUUUUUCUUUUCUUUCUCCGUCUUUUUCUCUCUGUGUCUUUUUCUUCUUUCUUUUCGACUCUCUUCGUCUCCUCACUUUAUCAUUUUGUCUUUCUUUUACACUCAUCUCUUUCUUAGCUAUUUCCCUUUCGUUCCAAAUGUGUUUCCGAUAUGUUUUUGUGCUAUUCUUUUUUGUCUGUUCUGUCUGCUUCCUCUCUUGUAUUCAUCUCAUUUUCCGUUCACCCCCACUUCCUUACAAUUUCUUUCCGUUCUUUUCCCCAUCUUCGAUGCCUCUCCUCCCAAUUCCUCAAUCGAUCACUGAUUCCCACUCUCGAUUACUUACUCUAUUCCAUCAAUAUAUUUCCCUAUCACUCUUUAACUAA